CUCUCACGGUAUGGUAAAUCCAAACUUCAAGGCGGUUACUUAUUUUUCCCAAAAGAAAAAAAAAAUCUUUGUUCUCUCUUUAUAAGGGAAGGAACAUUCGUGGUUUCGUCGAUUUAAACUAAGAAAAGGGAAGAAUGCAAAAUGGCGAUGGAUGGGGUACCUGGAUCUUUGGGCACUAGUGUUGGCUGUUCUUUGAGAUUAGGACAGACCCUUUUUGCUUGUGCUUCUCUUCUCUUCAUGUCUUUGGGAGUCGAGUUCUAUAGCUACACUGCUUUCUGCUAUUUGGUAACAAUCAUGGGGCUGGUUAUUCCCUGGAGUUUUACAUUGGCAUUGGUGGAUGGGUUCUCUGUUCUGGUUAAAUGUCCUGUUCGUCAGCCUGGAGUAUUGGUCAUGAUAGCUGCAGGAGAUUGGGUUUUGUCGGUUCUGACUCUAGCCGCGGCAUGUUCCACGGCUAGCGUCGUGGAUCUCCUUUUCAACUCCGGCAGGUCCUUUUGCGCUCCCAAAUGUUGCAGUAGAUAUCAACUCUCGGCUGCCAUGGCAUUUCUCACUUGGUUUCUGUCUUUGGCUUCAGCUCUUCUCAAUCUUUGGUUACUACCCUCCUUGUAAUUCUCUAGGUCUGGGAAUUUGUUGGUUUUCCACUAUAAUUGUAGCAUCUCAAGGUAAAUAUAGAUUACUAAGAGGCUUUUUGGAGCCACUACUGUACAUUGAAUCACACAAUCACAAACUAAAGUGAACAAUUUGGACAUUGGAGAUAUUGAAAUCUAGAAUUCUCUGUCUGGUA